AUAAAAAGUUACACAGCUUUUAGCAUAAUGUCAAUCAUAAACUCUAUCUUAUGCUGAUCACCGACCAUUAGUGAUACCCGCAACCUUGAGUGUGGGGGUUGCAGAUUCGAGAGGUCGAGCUUUCGAAUUAGGCAUCAAGGCAAGCAUGCAGUAGUCACUCUGAUGCUACAAGCCCACAAGGCGGUGCAAGGAGCAUUGUUCAGGAGAGUUGGCGGCUCUGGUUGCCACAGCAUCGCAGCCACACAGAAACCUGACAGCUACUCUUUCCUGGUUUGCUGCUAGGAGGUGGAAAGUGACAGUACUGUUCUUACGUGUUGCCUGUCGUCGCCUCAUGCUAGUGACACAUGUUGCUAUAGAGUUGACACAAGGUCUAGCGGCAUCAAUGCAUAGACUCGACUGGAAAUGGGCAGAAUUUAGAGAGAGUUAUACACAACCAUGCUCUCAGUGGACGCUGCUUUGGUUUGACAGGUUUGGGAAUGUUGAUAGCUACGUUCAGACAGACUCGCCAUUAUGGGACACCUGCGCUUGUUUAGGAGAUUGCAUGCUCGCUUUCAAUUGCCAUUCUUCUCUUUGCAGACCUCAUCGCGAUAUCAAAAGGUCCAUGCCUCGUUUCCUUACUCCAGAUGAUUUUCCUGUCAGCUAUCAUUCAUAUGAUCCUCCAAGCCACCCAAGACAUUCAUCUCGAUCUCGAAGGAUGCACCUUCCUUACCAUAUACCUGGCUUUCAUUCUUGCGCAAUUUCAGAUUGGCGGGUUGCAGGUAAAUUGUUCUCCGCCAUCGCCGUUGCCUGUGGAAAGUCGUUCGGUACGGACCGAGCAUCUUCCGUGACGGAGGAUUGUUUUGGACAAUUUAACACAGCCCUAUCCUCUCAUCCGCUAUGCAUACCGAAUCGUGUUUGAUGAUGGAGUGACCGCAUGGGUAUACACGUUAGCAUCUGGAAGACGCCAUUUCAUCCCCGACAUUUGACGUCCAACGACACCAUGCGUGGUACGACAGACGCAU